AGUAAAAAGUCUUAAAAUUGUGUGUUUUUUCCUAUUAUUUUAGAUAAGAAACAAACAUACCGUGUGUAACAUACUACAAAAGGAAAAAAAAAGUUUUUGGAAUAAAGAACAAAAUCAGCAUGAUGUUGCUAUUUUAAACAAUGAAUUCAAUGAAAGUUCAAAGAUAAAAUUAAAAAAUUUCUAAAGCGAUCACACUGUAUACUGUUGUUAUUUGAGAAUGUGUACUUUAAACACUGUUUAAGUCCGAGUCUGUGCCGAAUUUUUUUUAUCUAUAUUCCUCUUGAUAAGAAGCGAUAAUAGUAAUUUUGACAAUGGUAUGUGAUUAAUGACGUGCAAUUUGCAGCCGAUAGUUCGAUUAUCACCCCAAUUUGGUGAUGUGAAUGCCCAACAAUGUAAAUCAUCCUAAAAAAGUAGUAAAAUAGUAUUGAUAGUGUCGAAAGGGUAACGGUCACGGUUAUCAGAAACAGAGCAUAUUCCAAAUUAUAAUGGUGAUGUGGAAAAAAAAAUCAAACUCAGUUUAUUGACAACAUUCUAUAGGAAGAGACCUAUCGAGUGAUUUUAAAAAUGGCUAAAUUUCAUAGCAUUCUGUCAAUGUGUUUUUUUCUGUCAAGUUUAAACCAUUUUAAUUGUGAAAAUACAAGAAGUUUUUUCUUAGACUUCGAACAAAUAAAAUAUGAUCUUUUCCUUCAAAGUUAUACUAAAUUGUCACAAAAUUAUAGCGAAUCAGUUAAUGUAAAAAAUAAGUGUUUAAAUGAAUUGAAGGCGAUUCAAAAUGGGUUGAUUAGUCGAGAGCAAUGGGCAUUAGAAAUUGUGGAUUCGUGGGGCAAAAUACCGUCCGGAGUGUUCAGUGGUAAUACGCAUGAUUUUGGCUCAUUUUCACAAUGUUUGAAAAUUAGACAUAAUGACAAAGUGUACGAAACACAAUAUUGCUUGGGUCGCUUAUUUUACGAUGUUGAAGAGAAAAUUGCAUCAAAACUAUAUCGAUAUCCCAUUAAUAAUGUCAUUUUUCCGGAUAUGGUACAUGUGAAUGAUUUGCCAAGCCUUGACCCGCGGAGACCUUUCAUAACUUUCGGCGCAUGUAUGCCAGCCGCAUGUUCGUUUGAAAUGUUUGAACAAAUCGUCAACGAUUUAAUUCCAAAUCACCCAAACAACUUUUCCAUUGAAUUACCCAAUGAUGUAUGUCAAACGGCAAACAACGAUCCGGAUCUAACAACUAAAGAGAAAACCACACUAGGUUUAUUGAUGGUAAUAUUUGGCUUGGUAUUGUUGAGCACUGGCUAUGAUAUUUUGUGUUCCAUUUAUAAUCGUAAAAAAUCUCAAGUGCUGCUAGCAUUCUCUUUUUACACAAAUGGGAAAAAACUGUUUUCUUUAAAUGAAGAAAACACAUCAGAAACAAUUCAAUGUUUACACGGAAUUCGCGUCCUAUCGACACAGUGGGUCGUACUGUGUCAUACAUACGCUUUGUAUUUAGUAAUGCCGAUCCAAAACAGGGUCGUACACGAUGCAUUUCUUUCAAAGUACAGUAACAUGAUGAUUGUUUCGGGUUUUGUUGCGGUGGAUACGUUCUUUGUGUUGAGUGGUCUUUUGGUUUCGAUCGGCAUACUAAAACAUUUAGAAAAAAAAGGGCGGUUAAACGUUCUACAGUUAUAUGUCCAUCGGUAUCUUCGUCUCACACCACUUUUGGCAAUAUCACUCCUAAUCUCGGUGUCAUUGUAUCGAUUUGGCGAAAUUGGACCGUUAUGGACUGCCAUGAUAGAAAUGAACAAAAAACAAUGUGAAAACUAUUGGUGGUCGACUCUCUUAUAUGUCCAAAACUACGUGAAUCCAGAAGAACUCUGUUUCGGUCAUUCCUGGUACUUGAGUGUCGAUAUGCAGCUGUUUUUAAUUUCACCGGCCAUAGUUUAUUUGAUUUAUCGUUUUAAAUUGAAGGCCUUAAUACCACUUACCCUGCUUCUGCUGGGCUGCAUUUAUUCCACUUUAGAUGUUCACAUAAAACAUAAUUUAACGACAAUAUUUGCAUUUGAGGGUAACAAAUUCGAAAUGGCAUAUAUUCCAACACACAUACGUAUUUCAUCGUGGCUUAUUGGUGUCUUUACUGGAUAUUUACACUUUGAAACUCGCAAUAGAAAGAUUCAAAUUCCAAAAAUGAUCAAUAUUUGUGGCUGGGCGUUGUCUUUGGUUGCAAUGAUUUUAGUCAUUUUCAUAAAUCAUCCCCUGCAACAACAAGAUAAUAAGUUUUCUCCUCUAAUAUAUGGGUUAUAUGAUGCAUUUAGUCGUAUUGUUUGGUCGAUUGCUUUAUGCUACAUCAUUUUUGCCUGUGUUCAUGGCUCCGGAAGUAUCGUCAAUCGCUUUUUAUCACAUCCACUUUGGCAACCUCUUUCAAGAAUGUCUUAUUCCAUUUAUUUGCUUCAUUUUGUGGUUAUUGGAAACGUAAUGGGCACACAACGAACUCCACCAUAUUUUACUGAAACUGCGGCUUUCAACACUUUUAUAGUGAAUUAUGUGAUGACAAUCUUUGUAUCGAUCAUUGGAACCCUUACUUUUGAAUCACCGAUCAUUGUAUUUGAGAAAAUACUCUUCAAUUCUUCAAAGAAAAAGAUCACCAUAUCCACAGAUAUUCGAAAUGGAAUUCAACAAACUGACGAGAAUAAUAACAUUGAAAGUAGCAAAAAAUAUCAAUGAUUGAUGACAUCAAUUGCCAAACAUUUUAUUUUGAGUAGUUUUUUAUAAAAUAAUUGUACA